AUGCCUGCAGACGAGGAAAGCAGUCAUCAUUCGUCAAUAGCUUUACGACCCUACAAAGCAUGCACUUUACGAGAAUCUAUCGCACCAUCAUAUGCUGAAGAACUGUUGAACCUUCUUGACUACCAUCAUGUCAGCGAAAGAGAAUAUUCCCGUAGCGACGAAGAGUUAGACACAUCCCCACAGAUCACGCCGUCGACCAGCCAUGAGCAACAAGUUAGGCUCAAGGUUAUAGAGGCUCUGACCAAUAUGAGCGUUCAUCUGUCAACGGCAGAGAUCGAUGCUGUAGCAGGGCUGCUGAUGCUGCGCAGAGAUACCCGAGGCCCUUGUCGUUUUUCAUCGUCAUCAUCGGUCCAUGCCGCCGGCCACAGGAAACGAACAGUUUCAGGAUCUGUGAAGGAUCGGGUUAUUACUGCCACACAAGAGCGUCCGCGCACAAAACAGAUAGUCGAUACCCAAGGAGAAGUUGUAGUCCCUCUUACUUUGCAAGUCCCUGAUAGCCGGUCUUCCGCUCAAACACUUUCCUGCUCCCGUCCAGAACCUGCUGCCGGACAGUAUGAUGCUGCCCAAUAUCAGUCGGAGAGUACUCAGGUCCCGUCGGCUUCUUUAGUUGCCUCUCACUCGUAUCAUAGCCAGAAUCCUAAAGCAGACAACCCCAACAACGUCAACGAGCUCUAUCCGCGACAGCCAGUCAAGAAGAAGAAGAAGAAGAAGAAGUGCUUCCCAAAUGCUUCUCAACCACAACACUUGAAAACCCAAACAACACCCCCCUCCACUCCCUUGGGCAACACAUCAAAUCCAUCAUCAACAAAUAUCUUCCAAGAAACGCAGCAUACAACAAGUAGAGCACUUCACACCCGGCCAACCGUUACAAAUCAACAAGCACCAGCAUCACCCAACAAACCAACCCUCAUACUUACGGCCCCUACUACCCCCCUGCAUCAACAUCAAUCACAACAUCAAUCACAACAUCAACCACAACCACCUCCUUCAGGAUCUUGCUCAGAAUCACAACCCCCAUCCCAACCCCGACCCCGAUCCCUCUUCCCAAAUCCACCUUCAACCUCAAUCCCAGCAAUCCCAAACCCAGCAGCAACAACAAAACCCCCACUCAAGAAAAGAAAGAAAUACGGCACAGCCUACGAAGUCUCUCGCGCCCGGCAAAUCCAAGCAACAGGCGUCCCCCGCCUUCCCGGCCCUUGUCACUCGUGCGCUCGGAGACAGAGACAACUGGAUGAGAUAGCUGCUGCUGCUGCUGCUGCUGCUGCUUCCAAUGCUGCUUCCAAUGCUGCUGUCGGGGCUGCUGCUGUCGGGGCUGCUGGGGGUGUUGGAGGUGGGGUGUUGACGGGUACGGGUAUAGGUCUAGGUCUAGUGUGGAACUCGGAUACCCAACCCCUUCCGCAGAUCCGAGUAUUACUCCUGAGAUAUGUCGAUGUCAACUAG